AUGCCCCCCCCUGCGCCCGGGGCCCGGCUCCGGCUUCUCGCCGCCGCCGCCCUGGCCGGCCUGGCCGUCAUCAGCCGAGGAUUGCUGUCCCAGAGCCUGGAGUUCAGCUCACCUGCAGACAACUAUACCGUGUGCGAAGGUGACAACGCCACCCUCAGCUGCUUCAUUGAUGAGCAUGUGACCCGGGUAGCCUGGCUGAACCGUUCCAACAUCCUGUACGCGGGCAAUGACCGUUGGACCAGUGACCCCCGGGUGCGGCUGCUCAUCAACACCCCCGAGGAAUUCUCCAUCCUCAUCACCCAGGUGGGGCUCGGUGAUGAGGGCCUCUACACCUGCUCCUUCCAGACCCGUCACCAGCCCUACACCACUCAGGUCUACCUCAUCGUCCAUGUCCCUGCCCGUAUUGUGAACAUCUCCUCCCCCGUGGCCGUGAAUGAAGGGGGCAGUGUGAACCUCCUCUGCCUGGCUGUGGGAAGGCCGGAGCCCACGGUCACCUGGAGACAGCUCCGAGACGGCUUCACCUCAGAGGGUGAGAUCCUGGAAAUCUCAGACAUCCAGCGGGGCCAGGCCGGGGAAUAUGAAUGCGUUACUCACAACGGGGUGAACUCGGCACCCGACAGCCGCCGCGUGCUGGUCACAGUGAAUUAUCCCCCGACCAUCACGGAUGUGACCAGUGCGCGCACCGCCCUGGGCCGGGCUGCCCUGCUGCGUUGUGAAGCUAUGGCUGUGCCGCCAGCAGAUUUCCAGUGGUACAAGGAUGACAGGCUGCUAAGCAGCGGUUCUGCGGAGGGCCUCAAGGUGCAGACCGAGCGCACCCGCUCUAUGCUUCUCUUCGCCAACGUGAGCGCCAGGCACUACGGCAACUACACCUGUCGUGCAGCCAACCGGCUCGGAGCGUCCAGCGCCUCCAUGCGGCUCCUGCGCCCAGGAUCCCUGGAGAACUCAGCUCCGAGGCCCCCCGGGCCGCUGACCCUCCUCUCUGCCCUGAGCUGGCUGUGGUGGUGGAGAAUGUAG